GAGCUUGGGACAGUCAUGGAGAAACAAGACUGAGGCCUGCUGUAACUGAGAAGGCCCCACAGUGGACGCUGAGAAAGAAGGCAUUUCAGCAGAUAUCUAAAUCUCUCUGCCAGCAUGACUCAAGCGGACAAGAAGAAGCGGUCCAUCCGCAAGGCCAAGAUGAUCCCGUCGCCCGUGGUAAUAAGGAUGAAAGCAAUACUGCAGAAGGAGAUGGUGCGAGAGUUCCUGGCCGAGCUCAUGAGCACAUUUGUCAUGAUGGUGUUUGGCCUUGGCUCCGUGGCCCAUAUGGUUCUAGGAGAAAAUUUUGGGAGCUUCCUCGGUGUCAACUUGGGUUUUGGCUUCGGAGUCGCCAUUGGAGUGCACGUGGCAGGGAAAGUCUCUGGCGCCCAUAUGAACGCAGCGGUGACCUUCACCAACUGUGCACUAGGCCACUUGUCCUGGAAGAAGUUUCCUGUGUAUGUACUGGGUCAGUUCGUGGGUUCCUUCUUGGCUGCUGCCAGCAUCUAUGGCAUCUUCUACGCCAUUAUGAACUACUCGGGCGGAAAUCUGACAGUGACUGGCCCUGUAGCCACUGCUAACAUUUUUGCCACCUACCUUCCUGAGUACAUGACAUUGUGGAGGGGCUUCCUGGAUGAGGUAUUCGUUACGGGGAUACUCCAGCUAUGUCUCCUUGCCAUCACGGACAAACGUAACAACCCAGCCCUGCCAGGGACACAGGCCGUGGUGAUUGGCAUCCUUAUUGUCGUCAUUGGAGUGUCUCUGGGCAUGAACACAGGAUAUGCCAUCAAUCCAUCCCGGGACCUGCCUCCCCGCUUCUUCACCUUUAUUGCCGGUUGGGGCACAGAGGUCUUCAGGGAUAAGAACUGGUGGUGGGUGCCAGUGGUGGCACCGCUCCUCGGUGCCUACUUAGGUGGCAUCAUCUACGUGGUCUGCAUUGGCUUCACUAUCCCACGGGAGCCCCAGAUACUGGAGAAUCCUGUGGAGUAUGAAGACCACCAAACACCUGUACUGCCCAAGACCAUGCCUCACCAAACUGUGAACUCCUCCCUCGCCUCUGUCUCUGUGUCCCUCGACAACAGGACUCCAGUCCAGCCUGUCCCACCCUUAAGUGACAACAUCCAAGUACAGCAAUUCUAAAGAGAGAAAGAAAAAUAUCGAUGUGAGAGUGGAACAUUGAUCGGCUGCCUCCUGCACACCCCCUACCAGGGAUUGAGUUGAAACCCAGGCAUGUGCUCUGACUGGGAAUUGAACUGGCGACCUUUUGGAACACAGGACGAUGCCCAACCGAGCCACAUCAACCAGGGCUAGACCCCCACCUCCCCCAUUACAUGAUAUUAGUAAACAUUUUCAUUUACCCCUUCCAAUAAUCCAUUUUCUCUCUCUUGGGGGCAAAAUUACCCCCCACCCUUGAAAAUGCUUGAUGUAGAUAGACGGAAAGUAUGUAAGGGGUUAGACUCCUCUUCCUUAUUCCUGGUGUCAGAGCUGUCCCACGUUAAGAAACUCCAGAGCUAGAAAAGAAGAUGCAGAGAGGCAAGUCCUUCUAAACGGUGUAGAGACAGGAAAAGGUCUCAUGGAGUUCAAGAGGAUAGGCCCGGAGGUUGGAUGGAGGUAGGGCAGCCAGGAGACACCAACUCUGGGGCCAGACAGGACUCAUCCUACUUUCUGGGAUUCAGAAGGCAGCAUUAUCCAUGGUUCCUACCAUUGCUUGUGUGUUUAUCCUUUCAGCAAUUAUUGAGUACCUCCUGUGUGCAGGCCUUGAGUGGAGGAGGUGGGUCUUUGCCUUCGAGAAACACGGUCUAAUGGGGACAGGAGUCAAGAGCUAAGUGGUGGAGAGGGGGCUACAUGGAGACUGUGGGGCUCAUAGAGGGCUCACAGUCUGGCCUCAAAGCUGAGGCCAAGGAUGGCUUCCCAGAGGA